CAUUUUCUAUGUAUAAGAAAGGGACACAAUUUAUAUUCAUUGGUCACAAAUAAUCACUUAGAAAUUCAUGAUAAUCACCAAUAAAGAAAAAGAAAGAAAAAAAAAGAGUCACAAAGAGAAAGAAAAAAUCACCAUGAAAAAUGAAAAGAAAAAAUUUUCUUGUUUUUCUUUGGAGUUUUUUCUUUGUCCACUAGAUGGCAACACUUGGGGAGAAAAAAAAUUCUAUUCUCUUUUUCUUCUCUCUCUUUUCUCUCUCUUUUUUCGAGGGAGAAGCAGAAAGACAGAUACAAGUUUUAGUUUCUUUUCUGUUUCUCUUCAUUUCAAGUUUGGAUUCUCACUAAAAUGCUUGUAGACACUUUUGACUGAAUUUUUUUCUCUUUAUAAUCUCUCAUCUUAUUUGUGUCCAAUUUAACUGAUAUUUUUUAUCUCUCAUCAUUUAACUUUUUUUUUUCUUAAAAUAUUGUGACCAUCUCUCUAUCCAUUUCUGUGUCCAUCUUCAUUUCUAAAUGAAUCUACAUCAAUUCUAAUCAUAAUCUUUUUUCAUGUGUUCUUUUUUACCUUUUAACCGAAAAUCUUAUUUUUUGUUUACUGGUUGUGAUGUGGUUCAGUUCAAUAAUUUCGUUAUUUUUGAUUACCUGUUGUUACCUUUUACAAAAUUGUCUGGUUUCUCCAUCGGCUUUACAACAUCUUAAAGUGAUCAAUUUAGCAAGUUAUAAAUUGAAAGCUUUACCUGCACACUUUUUUCGUGAAUCAAUUGAACUACAAGAAUUACAUUUACAAAAUAAUUCAUUAACAACAUUACCAAGCGGAUUGUUUACCGGACUAUCUAAAUUACUUUUACUUAAUUUAUCCUACAAUGAGAUUCCAUCGGAAAGUAUUGACAGUGAUACAUUUAUUGACCUUAUACGAAUGGUAUUACUUGAUUUAAGUCACAAUCAUUUAAAAACAAUUGAUAAAUUAUUCUUCCAUUCACUUUAUUCACUUCAAAAGCUUAACUUGGCCCAUAAUAGGAUAUCUUUUAUUGAGGAUACCUCAUUUUCUCAACUUUAUAAUCUUCACCAUUUAAUACUUGAUGGUAACCAGUUGACCAUCAUAAACUCACACACAUUUAGUGGACCCAAUGUGCUAAGAGAAUUAUCUUUAAAUGAUAAUUUUCUCUCAAGUGUAAACCAUGAUGCUUUCACCAAUUGUAGUUCUCUUAAAGAUCUUCAACUCUCUUCAAAUAAAUUAAAAGAGAUACCAACAGCUAUAUAUCAUCUUGUAGAAUUAAAAAAUCUUCAUCUAUCAAAUAAUCAAAUUUCUUCUAUUAACAGUAGUACAACUGUUACACCUAUUCUCACAUCUUCAUCUUCAUCUUCAUCAUCUCCAUCAUCAUCAAAUACCAAAAACAAUGCAUUUGACAUUGUUAAUAAUCUUAAACAUCUUACACGAUUGGAUUUAUCCAACAAUAAGAUUACCAAUUUAACUAGAAACUUUUUCAAAGAUUUACCAAGUCUUCAGUUUCUUGAUCUCUCGGGUAACCUGUUAAAUGGUUUGGAACCAGGUUUAUUUGAUGAUUCUGCUUCUACCCUGACAACCAUUUUACUUCAAGACAACAAUUUAACUGACAUCAAUGGCCUAUUCAUUAAUCUAAUUAACUUAAAGCAUCUCAAUGUUUCCCGUAAUUUGAUAACUUGGUUUGAAUAUGCACUGAUACCUGAAAGUUUAACUGUUCUUGACGCUCAUAGUAAUCGUAUUGGUGAAUUGACAAAUUAUUAUAAAGUUGAAAGAUUUUGUACACAUUUAGAUUUUUCAUUUAAUCUAAUUACAAAAGAUUUAAACUCAUGGAUUAUACCCAAUACAACGGAAACCCUUUUCCUUAACAAUAAUAAUCUUACAACGGUUCUUCCGAUGACCUUUACCGAUAAGGUUAACCUUAAACAUCUUGACCUACGUAAUAAUCUAAUAUCAACAUUAGAUAUGAAUGCCUUUCGUUUUAAAACAAUAUCAUCAACAUCUUUAAAAAGUCGACCUCAUUUCUUAAUAUCAGAUAAUCCAUUUUAUUGUGAUUGUAACAUGGAAUGGCUACAAAGGGUUAAUAAGGACACUUCCCUUCAAUAUCCUGUGGUAAUGGAUCUUGACCAGAUUACAUGUCAACUUCCCUUUGUCCGUGAGUCAACUUAUCUUCCUCUAGUGAAAGCCAAUUCGUCCAAUUUUCUGUGCAAAUAUAAGACCCAUUGUUUUGCUCUUUGUCACUGUUGUGAGUUUGAUGCCUGUGACUGUAAGAUGACCUGUCCGGACAAUUGUACUUGUUAUUAUGAUCAAACAUGGUCAACAAAUAUUGUUGACUGUUCCCGACGGGAAUAUGUACAUGUACCUUCACGAAUUCCAAUGGAUGUAACUGAACUUUAUCUCGAUGGUAAUCAAUUAUCAACCCUAUCAAGUCACACCUUCAUUGGUCGGAAAAAUAUGUUAACUCUCUACCUGAAUAAUAGUGGAAUCCAUUCAAUUGUAAAUAGAACCUUUAAUGGUUUACAAUUAUUACAAGUUCUCCACUUGGAACAUAAUUACAUUACCACCCUAAAUGGAUUUGAGUUUGAAUCACUCUCACGACUCCGUGAGCUUCAUCUUCACCAUAACCGGAUCUCUUUCAUUAACAACCGUACAUUUAUCAAUUUAACAUCUCUUCAGGUACUCCAUUUGGAAGAUAAUUUUAUCUCUGAUUUUGCUAUUUGGUCACUCAAUUAUAAUCCACAUCUAUUGGUUGUUCACAUUUCAAAUAAUCUAUGGACCUGUCGAUGUGAUUUUGUUUCACGUUUCCGUGAUUGGAUGAGAACCGAGGCCGCUUAUGUGUUAAACAAAGAUACUAUUCGGUGUCAUUAUAAUAAUACCUCAAUUGGUCCAUAUAUUUGGCAAUUAAAUUCAUCUAAGUGCACAAAUUAUAGUGAUAAUCAUUUAAUUCAUCAUCCUAAUCAACAGCCACACCAAGUAUUAUCUGGUUCAACCAUUGAAUCAUCACAAGAUGGUGGCUAUGGGGUUGAUAGUGUUGUGAUUGGUUCAUCUUUAAGAGAGGUCAUAACCCCUUCAACCUUUGCCAAUGAAGUUCCUCACUUUCAAAAUUCAUUGGUUCAAGAUUACAUGCCACUGACAUUGAUUCUUAUCAUUGGUCUUGUGGUAAUUCUGUUGAUCAUCAUUCUAAUCAGUGUUUACCAUAAAGAGAUUAAAGUCUGGAUAUAUUCUAAUUAUGGAUUAAGGUUUUGCCAAAAGUCAAAUUAUCCACCAGAAACUGAGCGUCUAUUUGACGGAUUUGUUUCUUAUUGCAAGAAAGAUGAAGCUUUUAUAUCACAAAUUUUAGCCCCUGAACUAGAGUAUGGUCAUCCACCAUACCGUUUGUGCCUUCGUUAUCGCGACCUUCCAGUAACCGGUUAUGUUGCCGAGGCCAUUUCUGAGGCCAUUGAAUCAUCUCAUCGGACAAUAAUACUUUUAUCUGAUCAAUAUCUUAAAUCAGAUUCGUGUCAUUUUGAACUUAAAGUGGCUCACCAAGAGUGUCAAGUGAACCCCAACCAUAAAUUAAUUGUGGUUGUUUUGGAUAAGAAUAGUUUAAAUCAGUUGGAUGCUGAUGGUAAACUGUGUAUCCGUUCAUCACCAAUCAUCCACUGGGGUGAUCGUAGAUUCUGGGAGAAAUUAAGAUAUGCGAUGCCACCAGGUAGAGGAUUAAAUAAACCUCUUAAUUGUCCUGAUGUAAGGGCAAGUGUAGAUUUUAAAAGAGCCACCAACUUAAAUCCUGUGUAAAUAUUUGACUCUCUCUCAAUCAUCUCAUCAAAAUAUAUAACAUCGAUAUCAUCGAAACUACUAUUAUAAAACAACCACAUCUCGUGAUUAAAUCAUUUGUUGAACGCCAUCAUCGUCAUCUUCAUCAUCAUCAUCACCAUCAUCAUCCAUUUUUGCAUCUCUCCAUUUUCACCCAGUGCAUCUCAUCAACUUCUUUACUAUUUUUUUUUGUUGUUAAUAAAUUGACAAAGGAGAAAACUUUAAUUAAGAAAAGGUUAUUUUUCUAGCCAAAAAAUAAAUUAAACAAUCAACUAAAACGUUUACAAAAAUCAAAUACACUCUUCCCAAUAAUCAUUAUUAUUAUUUCGGAAUUAAUGAGAGAGUAAAGAUGAAAGAACUGUAAAGAUUAUUAUCAUCAUCAUCAUCAUCAUCUUCGUCGUCUUCAUCAUGUCUUCAGAUCUCAUGAAUAUAAUUAACAUGAAUUAAUAAACAAAAAGAGAAACCGGAAGAAAAAUUAAACAAGAAAAAGAUUAUCAAUGUUUUAAAUCACUUUGAUUGUGAUGUAAAUUAGUCCUCACAUUGUUCAGUUAUAAAACAAUGAUGAAGAUGAAGAUGAAAAAUCCUAGUCACGUGGUAGCAGUAAAAGACAUCCUAAUCCUAUGAUCU